CAGUACCUGAUAUAAAAUCAUCACUCAUAAAAUCCUUCUGUGAAGGAGUGAACUACCGGAAAGUUUUCUGUUAUUUUCUGAAGAACUUGAGAGAAAAUGGAAACAUCCAUGAUUUUCUUCACCAUCAUCAUUGGAGCCAUUUCUGGUUUAUCUGAUGGAGCUGGUGUGUUACCAGAAGAUCUUGUGAACGGAUGUUCAGGUGGAGCAGUGACGUUCAAAACUAAUAAUCAGACACAAGGACCAUUUCUGUCAGUGGGCUGGAGUUUAGGUGCUGACACACCUAUAGUCAUGCAUCUGCCUUCUAUGAACAUAACUGCACCAGGGUAUGAAGGCAGGACCACCCUCUUCUUGUCUACUGGAUCUCUGGAGCUCAGGAAUCUGAAACUCAGUGACUCAGGAGAGUACAGAGUUAGUAUUUUACCAGCUGAUGGUGACGAACGGAGAGGAAGCACCGCACUAAACGUCUAUGGGAGCGUUUCUGUGACAUUAUCUCCAGAUGCCAACUUGGUUGAGUUCAAUGAUUCUGUCAGUCUGUCCUGCUCCUCCUCUGGAUCUUCUCCGUCCUUCCUCUGGAUGAACGGCAGCUUUGAGGUUUCAGCCAGCGACAGAUUUCAGAUCAGCAGCUCUAAUCGGAGCUCUACUCUCACUAUUGUCAGCGUGACCCGAUAUGACCAGGGGUUAUAUAGAUGCCUCCCGCUGUGUCCAAGCGCCAGUAGAAUACCACAAGUUAACAUCUCAGUCAGCUAUGGGCCAGAAAAUACAAAAGUGGAAUAUUUUCCAUUCAAAGACUCUUUUGUAAAAGGUUCAAACAUCAGCCUGAACUGCUCAGCAGACUCCAGACCGGUUGCUGCGUUUCAAUGGUUCCUGAAUAAUGAUAAGCUGUUGGCUUCUGGACCAGAAUUCAGACUGAAGAAUGCUCAGACCAGUCAGACGGGAAACUACAGCUGUCUGACUUUUAACAACAGGACCCGGAGAUAUCAAACCUCAGAAUCUGCAGUUAUCGUCAUACAAGAACUUGUUUCCAACGUAACAAUAACUUCCCAGAACUCAGAUCUAGUUGAGUUCAACAGUUCUGUGCGUCUGUCCUGCUCCUCCUCUGGAUCCUCUCUCUCCUUCCUCUGGAUGAACAGCAGCUCUGAGGUUACAGCCAGUGACAGAGUUCAGAUCAGCAGCUCUGACGGAGGAUCCACUCUGACUCUAGUCACCGUGACUCGAUAUGACCAGGGAUCAUACAGCUGUCACGUGUCUAAUUUAGUCAGUUCUGUCACCAGUGAAGCAGUACUCAUCUCAGUCAGCUAUGGUCCAGCUAAUGUAGAGCUGAAGGCGUCUCCAUCAAAAACACACUAUGUGAAAGGAUCAGACCUCAACCUGAUCUGCUCAUCUGAAUCUAGACCGUCUGCCCAGGUCGUGUGGUUUUUCAGUGGAGACCCGCUGCCUGAUUCUGGACCAGAGCUCAGGCUGAUGAACGUUCAGACAAAUCAGAGUGGAAACUACAUCUGUCAGACCUUCAACAGCAAAACCCUGAGAUAUCAAACCUCUCAGCCUUUAGCUCUUUCUGUGAUUGAACCUGGAGGUCUGUCAGGUGGAGCCAUUGCUGGAAUAGUGAUCUCAUGUUUAAUAGUGACGGCUGCAGGAGCUGUUGGGGGAUAUUUUCUUCAGAAGAGAAUAAAGAAGGGCGGAGCUAAACCAACGUCAGCUAGAACAGAUUUGGUCAUCAGCCGUGUGACCUCCUCCUCUCCUGGUGUCACAGCUGCUGGGAGACCUAAAGUUGAACACAUUUAUGAGGACAUCUCAGAUAUUUAUGACAACACAAUAUAAAAUCAACUAUUCCCUUUUUUUAAAGAUGGUCUGAAAAGAAGGGAAUACGAGAAAUCCUUAUCCAGAGAACAAAAGCCUCCAAAGUUUUGGUUGUUUACAUUAAUUAUUAAAUAUGUCUUGUUUCGUUUUAUUAUGACUUCUGAUGUUUAGUUAUUUGUCUCGUUUAAACACAGUUAUCAGGAUACAAUAUUGUUCAAACAUUAAAGGUGCACAAUGCAGGACUAAAGUAAGAGGGACACCCAGUGGUCAAAUGUGGGUACCGCAGUCCCUUUUUAAACACGAUGACUUUGUCACUCUCACUCUGUUUCAUGGCUUUUGCCAUCGACAGAUAAUCACCAGAAUAUUCUAGAUGACAAUCAAGAUGAGUCAUUCACAGUAAGAAGAAAAAUACACUGCCCUGCUAAAAAAUCGUCUCCACCUGGAUUUAACUAAGCAAAGAAAGCGUCAUGAAGGGCCUCCAAUUUGUGACAAAGGUCACAUUUUCCCAGCUGGGUCAAGCUAGGUCAGACUGUUACUUUUAGUUCCACAGAUUAACCCAGGUGCCCUGAUGUCUGAAGAAUAUCAUCCUUUAUCUGCUGCUGUUCCGUCCCAGAAGAAGGACACUUCAAGUUCAAAAUAAUAAUUUUAAUAAACUCUUUGACUUUAUUAAGGUUUAUUAUAAUCAUCAUAAAUAAUCACUUGGUUCAGUAUAAAUGUAUUUUUAAUUACUGAAAUGAAUUAUUAUGCUUUGGGUAUAAUUAGGAUAAUGGAUAGACAAUCGGUUAUGGUGUUCAGUAACCAGAAGGUCAACUUCCACCUUAUCCAUCUAACACAGAGUUUAUUCAGAUUAAAGGUUAACUGCCAUCA